AUGCCCACGGCUCCGGUGACACAGAUGCUGUCUCUUACCUGCCUGAUGCUGCUUCUGCUCCAGAGAGAGACAGUCCUCCCCACCUUGCAGUCCCCACCAGUGCUGGCUGCCCCAAGGGGUGGGGACAUCUCUCCAUCCCCUGCUCUGGGCAUGGGGACAGGAGUCUGGUGAUGUCCCGUGCUGUGCUCAGGCUCCAGGGCAAGGCCUCAUCAGCCCCAAACCCUUCUGUUUCUAUGCCCAGGUGUGGGUGCCCAGAGUUGGACUUCCAGGCUGGAGCAGCCCCAGGAGCAGCUCUCGGCGAUGGCAGGGCAGACAAUCACCCUGAGCUGCACUGUUUCUGGAGAGGGUCCCACUGGCCCUGUGAAGUGGCUGAAGGGCUGGGGCAGUGAGAACAAGACCAUUUAUGCUCAGACCAGCUCCAGCCGCCGUGUGACCAGGGUGAAGGGUGAAUCCAACGAGGACUUCAGCAUCCAGAUCAGGGAUGUUCAGCCCGAGGACGCUGGCACCUACUACUGUGUGAAGUUCAUGAGAAGUGGGCGCCCAGGUGCUGCUCUGCAGGUGUUCCAGCACGGGCAGGGCACAGUGGUGUCUGUGCAGGCCAGACCCAGGCAGCCAGUCGUGUCCGGGCCCGGGCGCAGGGCAGGCACAGGGGCAUCAGUGUCCUUCACCUGUGAGACUGGAGGCUUCUUCCCCAAAGACAUCAGCGUGAGGUGGCUCAAGAACAAGGCUCCCAUCUCGGCUCAGCAGCCCCGGGUCAGGCCUGGGCACAGCAACUCCUCCUACACCAUGUCCAGCACAGUGACCUUGGCGCUGGAGCCGCAGGACGUCCGCUCCCAGCUGGCCUGUGAGGUGCAGCACCCAACGCUGCCAGCCCCCCUGAGGGGCACCUACCAGCUGAGGGAAGCCCUGCGAGUGGCCCCCAGCGUUCGCCUGCUGCCCAAGGCCAGCUCCGUGGAGCUCAACAAGACCUGGACCCUCUCCUGCCGCGUGGAAGGCUUCUACCCGCGGGACCUGGCCCUGAGCUGGCUGGAGGGCGGCAGGGAGCUGCCGCUGCAGAACACCUCCCGGCCGGUGGAGACUCCGCAGGGCUUGUUCCAGCUGAGCAGCCUGGUGGAGGUGCAGGCCACGGAGGACAGGAAUGGGUCAGCCUUCACCUGCCGGGUGGUGCACGACGGCCAGGACCCCAUCAGCAGCACAGUCACCCUCUGGGUCGCUGUGCCAGCCAAGGAGGGGCUGGGUGAGCGCAGCCCAGCAGAGAAUGGUCUGACCCUCCUGGCCAGCCCCGGCCUGUGGUUUGCCAUCCUGCUGGAGAAGGGGCUCCUGGGCGGCCUCCUUAUCUUCCUCUUCAGACGCAUCAGGACCUGAGUAGGGCAACGUCUGGGGCUGCCGCCGCAUCCCGUUCCCUGACAGCCUCCGGUUCUUGUGCCGGGAGCGGGUCCCGGGCUUCGCUCGCCGCCAGCUUUGAGACAUGUACC